GUGGUAAAGACGGUCGUAAAUUUGCUAGAAGUUAUUUGAAUAUAAGGUUAAAUAGACGGAGAAGCCAAGUUCCUAGUCUUAAGGAAUUAUGUUACUCAACUAUUUUGAAGUCAGAUAUUGAACAAUCUAAUUCUAACGAUUUUGGGUUGUUACAAGCAAUAGAAAAUUUGUCAUUUUUACAAGAGUUAUCUGAUUUUGCUAACUCUGAUAACUUACCAAUUCACAAUUUUCCUUUACUAUAUGAAUUUGUCAAGUGUCGAAUUUAUUAUAUUGUCAUCCACCAACAACAGGUUGAAGGUUUAUUCAACAAUUAUGAUCUUAAAUGUCACAAAAAUAUGAAUAUGGAAACUAAAAAAGCAAAACUAUGUCUUUCUAGUGCUAAACAAAUAUCUCUAUCCGAUGAAGAUUUGGCAGUUCAAAGAAGAA